AUUAGAGUGUGUUUAUUUAUCUGCGUGCGUGUGUGAGUGUGGAAUUCCUGCUGAAGAUAAGGGUUCAAAGGUUAGCUGAGGCAACAGGUGUAUGUAGCCUGGGGAUGUCUUCAGGCAGAGAAGCAGAGUGGGAUCGAUACACAACGAGGGAGCUGUGCCGUUGAGUCUAAUUCGAUAAGAUACGUUUAAAAUCUGAAGUAGGGCAGAAAAGCAUCUUUGCUAGAAAUGAAGGAAAACAAUCAGAUGACCAAGGUGAAGAAGACUAUGGUGAAAAUGAAGAUAAGAAAUGAACUGGCCAGACAGUGUAUGGGAGAAAUCAUAGGCACCUUCGUGUUACUUCUGUUCGGCUGUGCCGCAGGUGCCCAGAUAAAGACCAGCAACGAAACAAAGGGCCAGUUCCUGUCCGCCAACCUGGCCUUCUCUAUCGGCGUCAUGUCUGCCAUGUACCUCAGCAUCGGAGUUUCAGGAGCGCAUCUGAAUCCAGCUGUGUCUCUGAGUUUCUGUAUACUCGGAGAUCUCCCCUGGUACAAGCUGCUCCCCUACUCGCUCUCCCAAAUUCUCGGGGCUUACUUAGCAUCUGGCCUUGUCUACUUUGUCUAUUACGAUGCUAUAAUGGAGUACAGUGGAGGGGUUUUGACGGUGACGGGUCCUAACGAAACUGCCUCUAUCUUUGCCACCUACCCUACAGAGUUUGUCUCUAUUCAGUCCAGCUUUCUCGACCAGGUGGUCGGCACCGCGAUGCUUCUGUUGUGUAUCCUCCCUCUGAACGACAAGCGGAAUUGGCCCGCCCCCUCUGCACUGCUCCCUCCAAUCGUAGCAGCCGUCGUCCUGGGGAUUUCUGUAUCUAUGUCCGCAAAUUGUGGGGCAGCCAUAAACCCCGCCCGUGACCUGGGGCCACGCCUCUUUACCUUUACAGCAGGAUGGGGAGUCGAAGUGUUCACGAGUUAUAACUACUUUUUCUGGGUGCCCCUUGUGGCCCCGAUGGUGGGGGGCGUGGUUGGGACCCUCCUCUACCUCGUCUUCAUCCAGUGGCAUCUACCUGACGAGCCUGAAGAGGUCACAGGUAACCCAGAGGACAUGGAAAAAAAUGACCCAAAAUAUAAGGAAGCGAUGGAAGGACCAAUCUUUAAAGUGGCUGCUCUAUAGAAGGGAGAAAAUACCUCCACGGAACUAGAACUCAGCAGAAUGCAUCACUGCUAUGACAUCAUCAUGUUUAAGUUCUUGUCGGGUUGUGCUCAACUUUAACCCUUCAGCUUCUGCUUACUAAUCGACAAAUCACGAAGCUGGUUUACUGGCUUGUUACAUGAAUUCACAUGGAGAUGUACAGAUCGUAGAGCACUACUGCCCAUAGUCAUUCGGCGAGGACUGGUGUGAGUGCAGGUAUUGGGGGUUAAACUCUCAGCUACCCAUAACAGUGUUCUUUACUUUGAUUUACUGUUCAAAAAAGACAACCCAUGUGCAAAACCCCAAACACAUAACCAAAAAAUGCUGAGCAGAGCAAUUCACAGCUAACCUGAACACAAAAGCCUCAAAUACGCUGACGCAUCAUCUAAAGCUAACUCACAGCAACGGACUAUUACCAGUUGUUGCUAUGGAGGCUGUUGCUAUAGAAUUACAAUGAAUGAUUAUAAUAUAAACUAUAUUUUAUUAAAGUAUAAAAUUAGUUUCAGUAGAGUACCACAUGUAGCUGUGUAUAGAACAGGCAUUUAUUUAUAUGUACUUUUAAUAUAAGGAGAUAUAAGUAGAUAAAUAAGUUAAUAAAUAAAUAAAUAAAUACAAACAUACAUACAUACAUACAUACAUACAUACAUACAUAUAUGCAUACAGUGGUCAGCUCAAUUUAUUACUGAAGUCUAAAAAACACUGUUAAUGAAUAGAUUACUAUUUUAGACUUCAAUUUAUUAUUGAAGUCUAAAAAACACUGUUAAUGAAUAGAUUAUUGAUCAUUCUGCGUGUUGACUGUGUGCUUUUCGAUUGUGGUGGUAACAUGAUUAAGAAUUGUGCUGCAGGGGCAUUGGUGGGGAUGACAGUUUGCAAACACAUGCUGGACAAAUAUAUUGAUCUGUGCGUCUAAAAAUCGUUUGAACUUUGGUGUAAUCCAACAGACAGCUGUUUGUUGAGAGGAGAGCAAGUCAUUAUGAGGUUUUUUUUUUUUUACCCUUUUGAAUAGAAGUUUACUUUCUCUUUGUGUAAAAAGUGAGCAAGCCGGUUGAGCAAGCUCCUUGCGAUACGAGUUUUGCUCUUUGAGACAACAGUGUGGGAAUAGAAAAAAAAAAAACAAAAAAAACCCCUUGUGACGGUGAGAAACCGUAAUUAAGGUGUGGGAGCUGAGGCAUUAAUUGCUCUAAUGACUUAAUGGUCCAUGGAAUUGCAAUGACAGCCUGUGAUAUGUCCUUGCUGAAUGACUUUGGCCAGCAAUGUCAUAAACGCAGAAUAGAAAAAGACAGAAACCCCCCCCCCCCCCCCCCCCCC